AUGAGGAAGAAGAGGAAAGGUGGCGAGGCUGACCCAUGCCUAGAUCUACCGGAAGAUGUGACAUCAAAGGCGUGCAAUUCAAGAUCAUCGAUCCUUACAUCACAUUAUUCACUAGAGGAUUAUACAAGGUUGAAGAAGCGGUGCAAAGAAGAUGAUGAUGAUGAUGAUGAUGGAGGCACUGAACCUGUGGUGUCGCAUAAAAGUAGGCUUGCAGGCAUUGCCACUGCUCCGCCAUGUGGGACUUCGUCUUUGGUUGCUCCAGGAAGAGGUAUCAAGAGGAAGAUAGGGUGUAUAGAUGUUGCUACCCAGAUGGGUAGGAAGAAUAAGAUUGAGGAAGAUUAUGUUUCAGGUGAAACGCUUGGCCAUGGAAAGUUUGGGUCGGUUUGGUUGUGUCAGUCCCGGAUUAGUGGUGCUGAGUAUGCAUGUAAGACUCUGAAAAAAGGGGAGGAGACGGUUCAUAGGGAGGUGGAGAUAAUGCAGCAUUUGUCUGGUCAUCCGGGGGUUGUGACAUUGCAGGCUGUGUAUGAGGAGUCAAAUUGUUUUCAUCUUGUGAUGGAGUUAUGCUCUGGAGGGCGCCUGAUUGAUCAGAUGGUUCAGGAGGUUCAGUAUUCAGAGCACCGGGCUGCCAAGAUAUUCAAGGAAGUGAUGCUAGUUAUCAAGUAUUGUCAUGAUAUGGGGGUCGUACACAGAGACAUAAAGCCUGAGAACAUUCUUCUCACAAAAGCAGGAAAGAUAAAGCUUGCAGAUUUUGGGCUGGCUAUGAGAAUAUCAAAUGGGCAAAAUCUGACUGGUUUGGCUGGAAGUCCGGCUUAUGUUGCACCAGACGUUUUGUUAGGAAAGUAUUCUGAGAAGGUGGAUAUCUGGAGUGCUGGUGUCCUCCUACACGCGCUCUUGGUUGGUGUCCUUCCAUUUCAAGGAGACUCCUUAGAAGCAGUUUUUGAAGCAAUCAAGACUGUGAAGCUUGAUUUCCAUACAGGGAUAUGGGAGUCAAUUUCGAAGCCUGCGCGGGAUCUUAUUGGGAGAAUGCUGACAAGGGAUGUUUCAGUACGGAUCACAGCAGAUGAAGUACUGAGGCAUCCAUGGAUAUUGUUUUAUACUGAGCGAACACUAAAGGCACUUCCCAUUAAAUCAAGAUUGAAGAACCAAGCAGGAGCGCCUUGCCCCCAACUUGCCAUUCCACCCAGACUAAAAGCAUGUCUAAACAAGUCAGUAGAUGGCUCUCUCAGUGAAACUUCAGGUCCCCUUUCGUCAUCUGAUAGUUGCAAUUCAGAAGAAGACCAGGAUGAUUGUGGUUUAGUGGAUGCACUUGCCACUGCAGUUUCCCACGUGAGAAUUUCCGAGCCGAAAAGGAGCAGGCUAUGUGGUCCCAAAGGUCGUCCAAUUGAGCAGCAGUGUUCAUCUAACAUGAAAGCUAACAACCUCUGUAAAGCAUUUUGA